GGAGGGCAUCCCUGACAUGCUCGCAGCAGAGAGCCUUCCCUUGUUGAUGGAUAAUGGGGAAGUUAAGGAAGCACCGCUAGGAGCCGCAGAGAAAGAAAAAGAUGAUGGGGAGAAGAUGAACGACGAAGGCUCUGUAAACUCACGGGAUUUAGACGGCAAUGCCUGUCCUGGGCAGGCUGAGUGUAAUCCUGGGCCUAGCUCAGACAGAGUCCCAGAACCUCAGAGGGCCUCUGAUAAGGAGCAGGGCGAUCAAGGGUUUGAUGUGGACAAACUGAAUCCUUCAUCGACAUAUGAGGACAUACAUCGUCUGUGCAAGAUGUACCCCCAUUUCUCCCGAAAAGUGAUGUUUCACACAGUGGACACUAUUGCGCAGAAGCAUGUAGGACUUAUGGUGGAGCAUUUCUUGACAUCGUCGAAAACGGUCUGCGACACCCUCAUGUUUGAAGUCUUAUUUUCACCCAAAUGCAACAUAACUGAAUGUCUGCGUUUCUUCUUACAAGAAGCAAACGUAGGCAGUCUGGUUCAGGACAGUGAGACACAGCUUUUAAACAAGGUGAAGGCGAUCAGAGCAAUUGCGGCCAUUACAAGGUGCACCAAUGAUGCCCAGGAUCUGAACCCCUGGCUUCCAUACCACUUCGUAACGCUGGCGAACGUCUUGGUCAGUCAGGCCCAACACAUGGAGAAGGGGACCAACAAGACAUUCAAAAAGUACAUGGUCCCAGGGGAAGCAAUUGAUAUUCUUGCAACCCUGAUUCAGAGGCUAAACUUGGUAGGGGAAAUGUCCUCCAAGCUCUGCCCCCCAGAGUGAUCGCCAGGCUCCUGCCUUCCAUCACGGACUGAAAGACCGUCCCUUCAACCGGUGCUGUGGAUCUGCCCCAAAGGACCCCAUCUCCUACUCCUGCCAAGGUUUCAGAUGUCACCAGGAGACUCUUUGUUGUCUCUGGGCAAAGAAAAGGAUGCCAUCACACCUUUCAACACUGCCACUCGGAUGCUGGGUACGGACCUUUCCCCAUUCAGGACAUGACAAUCCCUAUUUCAGCCAGGGUUAAUAUAUCCCAUCCACUUCAAGCAGCCUGUCCUGGUUUCCAAUCAUGGGAUGCAGCUGUGCGGCAAUGGGGAAAACAAGGUGAGCACUAGCACCUAAAGCCAGGUCUGGACUGAGCUCUGAGGCUUCAACUCCCAGAGACCAGCCAGGUACUUUGAGUGCUGCCUGGAUUCACAUCCCUGCUCAGCCAAGGAAGGAAGGCAGAGGGAGGACGGAAGAGAGGACUACAUCUCCCAGAAGCCCCUGCCCACCAUGCCCUUCC